GGGAGGGUGCUGGCCUGCGCCCACCGCUACACGAAGGUGCUGUGGUCGGGCAGCGAGGACCAGCGGCGCAUGGUGGGCAAGUGCUACGUGCGGGGCAACGACCUGCGCCUCAACAUCAGCGACGAGUGGCAGACCUACCACAACGAGAUGUGCAACUCCAACACGGACUCGGAGGAGAGCGGCAUGUGCCAGAUGGGCGCCAGCGCCGGCUUCACCUCCAACAUCAUCUACUUCGGGGCGCCCGGCGCCUACAACUGGCAAGGUACCAACUACGUGCUGCAGCGGGAGAUGUGGGACCUGCACGACUCCUCCUACCCCAACGAGAAGAAUGGCAACAUCUACAUAGGGUACGCGGCGGAGAUGGGCAGCGCGGUGCUGCAGCAGCGCGGCGUCACGGUGGUGUCGGGAGCGCCGCGCUACCAGCACACGGGCGCCGUGUACCUGCUGAGCCGCAGCCCGCAGCACACGCUGCAGAGGAGCCUGCUGCUCCGCGGCCACCAGGUCGGCUCCUACUUCGGCAGCGCCGUGGCCCUGGCCGACCUCAACAACGACGGGUGGCAGGACCUGGUGGUGGGAGCCCCCUACUACUUCAAGCGCAAGCAGGAGGUGGGGGGGGCCGUGUACGUCUACAUGAACGAGGGGGGCGACUUCAGCCCCGAGCCCAGCCUGGAGCUCACCGGCCCCAGCUACUCGGCCUUCGGCUUCGCCGUGGCCAGCAUCGGCGAUGUCAACCAGGACGGCUUCCAGGAUAUCGCCGUGGGGGCUCCUUUCGAGGGGCCUGGCAAGGUCUACAUCUACCACAGCAGCGCGGAGGGUCUGUUGGACAAACCGCGGCAGGUGAUCAGCGGCUCGGAUCUGGGUCCCGCCAGCAUGCGGACCUUCGGGUACUCGCUUAGCGGGGGGCUGGAUGUGGACGGUAACUCCUACCCCGACCUCCUGGUGGGCAGCUUGGCAGACAGGAUUGCCCUGCUCAGAGCUCGCCCCGUGAUCAACAUCCUGAACAAGACGCUGACGGUGAACCCCAGCAAGGUGGACCCUGCCCGCUGCACCCCCAGCUCCUGCAUCAAGGUGACCGUCUGCUUCUCCUACAACCAGAGCGCCGGCAACCCCGAGUACAAGGAGACCAUCCGCCUGGAGUACACGCUGGAGGCUGACAAGGACCGGCACCCGCCCAGGGUGAGGUUUUUGGAGACGCAUUCUGCCACCUACCGCGGCAUCUUCCGUAUGCCCGACACCCGCUGCGAAACCCAGGAGCUGCUGCUGGUGGAGAACAUCCGGGACAAGCUGCACCCCAUCGUGCUCACCAUGAACUACUCACUGGUGGAGAAGCCCAGGACCUUCCAGCUGGGCCUCCACUCCCUCGAUGCAUUCCCUGUCCUCAACGCGGACCAGUCGCAUGAGAACGAGACUAAGAUUGAGUUCCAGAAGGAGUGUGGCACAGACAACAAGUGCUACAGCAACCUCCAGCUUCAGAGCAGCUUCGUGAAUGACCAGAACCAGCCCCUGCCCAGGCUGAACGGGACCCAGGUGCUGCAGUACAGCCAGGACAUGCGGAAGCUCUACCUGAGCGUGAACAUCACCAACAAGCCCAGCACGGCCUCCAACGGCGAGGAUGCCCACGAGGCCCUGCUCAACGUCACGGCACCUGCAACCCUGCUGCCCUCCUCCGUCCGCCCGACCGGGGCCUGCAGCUUUGGGGAGACGGUGCUGUGCGAGCUGGGCAACCCCUUCAAGAGGAACCAGAGGGCGGAGCUGAUCAUCGUCUUCGAGGUCAUUGGGAUCACACUGGACACACGAGAGGUCUCGGUGUGGCUGGACCUAACCACGCAGAGCACCCAGGAGGACCUGCAGCCCGUGCUGGCCAAGCUGCUCGUGGAUUACAGCAUCCAGUCAUCGCUGAAAAUAGUCACCUCCCACGUCCAGUCGUACUUCAGUGGGACGGUGGUGGGCGAGUCGGCCAUGCACAAAGAGCAGGACGUGGGCAGUGCCCUCAAGUUCGACUUCCAGGUGACCACCAGGGGGGAGUCGCUGGGUGCCCUGGGCACCAUCCUGCUCGGUUUCGAGUGGCCCUACGAGAUUCCCAAUGGCAAAUGGCUCCUGUACCCCACGGAGAUCCUCAUCAACAGCAACGAGACCUGCCAGCCCCCCGGGGGAGUCAUUAACCCCCUCAACCUCACCCUCCUGGAGGACAAGCUCCUAACGCGGCAGAGACGCGAGCUGGGGGCAUCGCAGCCGGCCGAGCCCCCCAUCACUCUGGCCACUGCCAAGAAGGCCAAGUCAGAGGUGGCGCUGAGCUGCUCCAAGGGCACUGCCCAUUGCAUCUGGUUCGAGUGCCCCGUGCACGGCACCCAGCACCCCACCUACUUCAGCAUCCGCGCCCGCGUGUGGAACAGCACCUUCAUCGAGCCCGUGUCGCCUCCUUCCUCGCAGUGCGGUUUCUUCCGGCGGGCCAACACGCGGGCCAUGUACGAAGCCAAGGGCCAGAAGGCGGAGAUGAAGAUCCAGCCGUCUGAAACGGAGCGGCUGGCUCCGGGGGGGGCCGGCGCCGUCGCCCCGGAGCGCCUGCUCCACCCGCUUGGUAAUGCCCUGCUCCCCGCGGCCCCCGCCGGCCGCAGCGGGACCCUCCUCUCCAGCCUCCUCUACUCUCCCUUCUGCUGCUCCAUCUCUCCCUAUAGGGCCCUGUAG